AUGUGUGGCUGUGUAAGAGUGCUUAGGAUUCGGAAGUCGCUGCCACGAUCUUGGCAUGGGAGACUUUUUAGCUCAUCGUCAUCGGCACCUCCUCCUCAAGGAAUACCAUACACAAAGUUAUCUGUUGGGGUACCAAAGGAAAUAUGGCAAGAUGAGCGAAGAGUUGCUGUAGUACCCGCGGUAGUUAGUAAAUUAGUGAAAAAAGGAUUUAGCGUAAAUGUAGAAGAAAACGCUGGGUUCUUAGCAAAUUUCCCAAAUAAGUCAUAUGAAGAAGCCGGCGCUAAAAUAACUACCUUGAAUGAGACAUAUCAAUCUAAUAUAAUUCUCAAGGUUAGACCAUUAAUUGAAAAGGAAGUACAAAAUGUAGAAGAUGAAAGUACGAUUAUAUCGUUCUUAUAUCCGGCACAAAAUCAAGACCUAAUACAGAAACUAUCGGCGAAAAAGGUGAAUGCGUUUGCUAUGGACUGUAUACCCCGGAUUAGCCGCGCCCAGGCAUUUGACGCUCUAAGCUCUAUGGCCAAUGUGGCAGGAUACCGUGCCGUCAUCGAAGCUGCUGCACAUUUCCCGCGUUUUUUCUCAGGUCAGAUGACGGCGGCUGGGCGCGUGCCGCCGUGCCGGGUGCUGGUGGUGGGCGGCGGCGUGGCGGGCCUGGCGGCCGCGGCGCAGGCGCGCUGCAUGGGCGCCGCGGUGCGAGCCUUCGACACGCGCCCCGCAGUCCGCGAGCAGAUUGAGAGCCUCGGCGCGCAGUUCAUCACCAUGGACAUGACGGAGGAAGGAGCUGGAGAGGGUGGCUACGCUAAACAAAUGAGCGAAGAAUUUCUAAAAGCGGAACGAGCUCUCCUAGGGAAAGAGACGAAGACAUCCGAUGUCGUUAUUAGUACCGCUCUCAUACCCGGCAAACCUGCACCAUUGCUCAUCCUAGAGGACGCUGUACGAGAGAUGGCACCAGGCAGUGUGAUCGUGGAUUUAGCGGCCGAGAUGGGCGGCAACGUGGAAACCACUAAAAAGGGCGAAAUUAUUAAAGUGCACGGCGUAACCCACAUCGGCCUCACAGACCUACCAAGCCGCAUGCCUGCACAUGCGUCCACGCUCUACGCUAAUAAUAUUUCAGGAUUCCUUUUCAGUAUAGGCACAAAUGACCACUUCCACAUCAACCUGGAGGACGAAGUAACCCGAGGGGCCAUAGUGCUAAAGGCUGGCGAGCUGUUGUGGCCGCCGCCGCCGCCGCCGAGUAUGGCCGCGGCUGCAACUGCCACAAAAGCUCCAAGCCUGGCAAAGGUUGAGCCACCAAACCCCUUCAAUGAGACUUUGAAGGACACAUUCCUGUAUUCGACAGGAUUAGCCAGCCUGAUUGGCCUUGGUGUGGCAUCACCAAACCCAGCAUUCACUACAAUGACUACCACACUAGCAUUAGCAGGUGUUGUGGGCUAUCACACGGUGUGGGGCGUGGUGCCGGCGCUGCACUCGCCACUCAUGUCCGUCACCAACGCAGUGUCUGGCAUCACUGCUGUGGGCGGACUCUUGCUCAUGGGCGGGGGGUAUGUCCCGGAGACACCAGUGCAGUGGCUGGCGAGCACUGCGGCUCUAAUCUCCUUCGUGAAUGUAUUUGGUGGAUUCUUAGUCACACAGCGUAUGCUUGAUAUGUUCAAAAGGCCUGGUGAUCCGCCGGAAUAUGGUUAUUUAUAUGGAAUACCAGCUGCUGCACUUCUAGGAGGAUAUAUAACUACUGCAAUGCAGGGAUAUCCAGAAGUGCACCAGAUGGCUUACCUAGCCUCAUCACUUUGCUGCGUGGGCGCACUUGCAGGUCUCAGCUCCCAAACUACCGCUAGAAAAGGAAACUACCUUGGAAUGAUCGGUGUAGCGGGAGGAAUCGCAGCUACGUUAGGUGCCUUGACUCCUAACGCGGAGGUCCUGGCACAAAUGAUAGGUGUCGCUGGUAUCGGCGGCCUUCUCGGUAGUGUCAUUGCUAAGAAAAUUGAAAUUACUGAUCUGCCCCAGCUUGUGGCUGGUUUCCACAGCUUGGUGGGCAUGGCAGCUGUACUGACAUGCAUUGCUACAUACAUGCACGACUUCCCAGCGAUGGCACUCGACCCUACAGCCACGACACUCAAGACAGCUCUCUUCCUCGGCACUUACAUUGGAGGCAUUACCUUUACAGGGUCGUUAGUGGCGUACGGCAAGCUGCAGGGCACGCUGUCGUCGGCGCCGCUGCUGCUGCCGGGGCGGCACGCGCUGAACGCGGCGCUGCUGGCGGGCGCGCUGGGCUGCGGCGGCGCGCUCGUGGCGCUGCCGCACGCGCCCGGCCUGCCGCUGCUGGCCGCCGCCGCCGCGCUCAGCGCCGUGCAGGGCCUCACGCUCACCGCCGCCAUCGGAGGGGCUGACAUGCCGGUGGUGAUCACGGUGCUGAACAGUUACUCUGGCUGGGCGCUGUGCGCGGAGGGCUUCAUGCUUAACAACUCGCUAAUGACGAUCGUCGGUGCACUUAUCGGCAGCUCGGGAGCCAUACUCUCCUACAUCAUGUGCAAGGCCAUGAAUCGGUCACUGCCAAAUGUGAUCUUGGGCGGGUACGGUGUGACGACGGGCGGGUCGGCGCGGCCGGCCGACGCCACGCACACAGAACUCAACGUGGACUCCGUCGCAGACCUCAUACAUCGCGCUUCUUCCAUCAUCAUCACACCCGGAUACGGACUUUGUGUAGCAAAAGCUCAAUAUCCCAUUGCUGAGCUAGUUGAGCAUCUCAAAGCUAGCGGGAAGAAGGUGCGCUUUGCCAUCCAUCCAGUUGCUGGUCGAAUGCCUGGACAACUCAACGUAUUGCUCGCCGAGGCCGGUGUGCCGUACGAUGAUGUCUUUGAAAUGGAAGAAAUCAAUGACGAGUUCCCUGAGACUGACCUUGUACUUGUAAUUGGUGCUAAUGACACUGUCAAUAGUGCAGCUGAAGAUGAUCCUAAUUCACCCAUAGCUGGUAUGCCUGUACUCAAAGUCUGGAAAGCGCACCAGGUGGUGGUCAUGAAGAGAUCGAUGGGAGUUGGUUAUGCCGCUGUUGACAAUCCCAUAUUCUACAAUCCAAACACAGCUAUGUUGUUGGGUGACGCUAAAAAAACUUGUGAUGCACUUCUUGAACGUAUUAAACAUCUAGCCCUAUAA